AGAGGUGGAGCUAGUUAAUGUGUCAUCAGCAGAGGGGCGGAGCUUACAGGACGGUCAUUGAACACAGACGGCGGCAGGACUGAGAGGAGGAUGGAUUCUGUCACAGGAUUGAUCACAGGGACGUCAGGGGGCGGAGCUGAAUGUAAGGAAGGAGUGGAGGAAGGAGGCGGGGUCAGACAUCGAGUGGCUCAUGUUGAAAUGAAACUGUCGGCGCUGGAGUCGGAGGAGGGAUCACAGGUGCCGUUAAACAGUGACAUCAUCACCUCACAUCCGCAGAUGGCCCCCCGCAGGACACCAGCGCUUUACCUCACUCUCAUUGGCCUGCUGAUAUUCAGCGCAGCGUUCCUGCUGGGAUACGUGGCGUUUGGUGGAAUGUGGCGCUCAUGUCAGGAGGAGAGAGAGCUGAUCCCUCUGAGCGACGCCGCCGGCUCAGAACACGUGCCCGAGGGAGGAGUGAUGUACAUGUCGGAGCUCAGACAGAUGCUGAAGAAAUACCUGAAGGAGGACAGAAUGGAGAACACGCUCAGGCGAGUGAGCAGGACGUCUCAUCCUCCGGGUUCUUCUGAAGGAAACGCUAUAGCCAGUGAGAUCCUACAGAACCUUCAGAACCUCCGCAUGGAUCACACCUGGACGGACUCACACUACGCAACACUCCAGUUCCCCUCCAGGUCACAAAGGAACAGUCUCUGGUUGGUGGAUUCUGAGGGGGUGGAGCUUGAGGAGAUUCCUCUAGAUGGUGAUGGUUAUUGUGCUUACAGCGCCACAGGAACAACCACGGGAGGAGUUGUAUAUGUGAACUACGGUCGGCGUGAGGAUUUUGAUCAGCUGCGUUCAAUCGGCGUGUCUCUCAACGGCUCUAUCGCUAUAGUGAGGGUGGGAGGGGGCUUGAGCUUCGCCGAAAAGGUGUGGCACGCCCAGGAGGCGGGGCAUGUGGGUGUCCUCAUCUACCCUGACCCUGCAGACGUACCCCAGGAUCCACGGCGACUCGGUCUCCAUAGCAACGCUGUCAUCUCUGAACAUGUUCAUCUGGGAUCAGGUGACCCCUACACACCUGGAUUUCCCUCCUUUAACCACACCCAGUUCCCAUCCACCCAAUCUUCUGGCCUGCCAAUCAUUCCAGCUCAGCCAAUCAGUGCAAACGUUGCAUCCAAACUGUUAAGUCAGUUAUCUGGUGUUGGUUGUCCGCGGGGUUGGCAGGGUCGUCUGCCGUACGUUCAGUGUGUGUUGGGUCCAGGUUUCACAGGCCCCGGCGAGCGCCGGGUGAAGAUGGGCGUGUUUAACAAAAUGAAACCUGUGCUGCUCAACAACAUCUUCGCCUCCAUCGAGGGCAAAGUGGAACCUGAUCAUUACAUCAUCGUUGGCGCUCAGAGGGAUUCAUGGGGUCAGGGUGCUGUGAAGUCUGGAGUGGGAACUGCCAUCCUGAUGGAACUCGCAAGAACAUUCAGCACCAUGGUGGAGAACGGGUUUUUACCCAAACGCAGUCUGCUCUUUGUCAGCUGGGAUGGAGGAGACUUUGGUAAUGUUGGUGCCACCGAAUGGCUGGAGGGUUAUCUUACCAUGCUGCACCUGAAGGCUGUGGCGUAUUUCAGUCUAGAUCAAGCCAUCCUGGGUGAUGAUAAUCUUUCUGUGUACUCGAGUCCUCUGUUAGCUGAUCUCAUCGAGGGAGCCAUAAAACACGUGGAGCAUCCCAAACACUCUGGUCAGUCGAUUUUCUCUCUGGUCCAGCGACAGGGAGGCUGGAAGAACAUUGUUAAACCGUUGUAUUUGAACAGUGGUGCGUACAGUUUUACAGCGUUUGGUGGAGUUCCUGCCAUGCAGCUGCGUUUCAAUGAGGACACUCGUGUGUAUCCGUUUGUCAACACUCAGUUGGACAGUGUGGGUCGCCUGCAGGAGUUGUUACAGGGUCGAUUUUGUGCUGUGGGUCGAGCUGUCGCUGAACUCAUCGGUCUGAUGGUCCUCAAACUGUCACAUGAUCACAUUCUCCCGCUCGACGUCACCUGUUACAGCAGUGCCGCACAACAACUCAGCUCCAAACUCAGUGUACACACAACUGAACUACAGAUUAGGGGUUUGUCUCCUCAGUGGAUAUUCAGUGCGAGAGGAGAUUACAGUCGAGCAGCUAGAAGUCUUCUGGACGCUAUAAAGAACAGUGAUGUUCAGGACGAGAGACUGGCCAGACUCUACAACACACGCAUCAUGAGGGUGGAAUAUUACUUUCUGUCUCAGUACAUGUCUGUGGUGGAGACGCCGUUUCGUCACGUGUUUCACGGGCGCGGUGAUCACACGCUGACCGCUCUCGCCGAGCAUCUGUCCCUCCUGCGCUCUGACCCGCAUCUCUUCGACGAGGUGCGUUUCCGACGGCAACUGGCUCUCUUCACCUGGACGAUGCAGGGCGCUGCGAACGCUCUCAGCGGUGACGUGUGGAACGUAGACAAUCCUCUCUAGAGCUCCAGACGGACACAUGAACCUUGAAUAACUGUAGAGGAUUCACACACUGUCCUAACCAGAUACUAAACAUCAGGUGCUUCCCUUCAUCUCUUGUGUCUGUCUGCAGCUCCGUUCACACCAGCAGUUCUGUGAUCAUGACCAGAGCUGAGCCAAAGAAAUCUGUCAACAAUGAGGCCAUAACCUGUUUAUUGAUUCUGUUCAAAGUCUUAAAACAUACAGGAGUAUUCUUCUAGCUGUGCAGACUCGAUUGAAUGACUGAACGUAACACUUCACAGAUGCUUUUCUCUUCUGGGGUCAAACAUUGAAUCAAAUAAAACACAGUUAUCUGAGAUGCAGAUUAAAAUUCAUUCACUUGAUCACCUGACUGGUUAGGAAGUGUGUGUCUGUGUGUUGGUGUAUGCAGCACUGAAUGUCUCUUUGUUGAUUGAUGAAUGGUUAAUUGAUGAUUAUAAUCAAGACGUGAUUGUUUUUUAUGACUAAGUGAUACUGACUCUGUUAAUGUGAGAUGUAAUUAUCGGGGGCAGUGACUCUCAUAAUUAUGACAGUCAUACUGUCAUCCAAUCAGAAAGCAGUAGCUGCUAUCAAUCUACUCUAUGAUGUCAUAGGCAUCUCUUACACCUGUCCUAAAGUUCAUGUUUAGAAAUGACUUUCUGAAUGUGAUUUGUGCUUCAUUUCAGAUAAAUAAAUGAAUCUUUUUUUCUCCA